AUGGAUUCUGAGCUUCAAUCAAUUAUUAGAUUCUUUGAACAUGAUAGACCUCCAAACACGCCUAGACUUUCCAUGGAGGUGGAGCCGACAUUCCCAGCUAUAUCUUUAGCCGACCCGACAGGAGGGUUCAAUGUCACUAUUCGUCGGGCAGAGGAUGACUGUGACAAGCCCUGUAUCUUUCGCUGGAGCGGCCUGUAUGAUGCAUGGGGUCCCUCUGGCUUCGUAAUCUUUCAACACACGCCAGAUGGUCUAAAAAGGAUCGAAGGAACGCCCAAGCGGCCACCUCCUCACACUAUCAAGAUCACAGGAUAUGAAGUUGAGACAGAAGAACUUCUUCCUGGACAAACUCUCAGAAGAAAUAUAGGCGCCCCGGGUCCCUUUUUGGACCACAUGGUGGCUGGUGAGAGAUAUGAGCUAGUCUGGCUCGGGGCUGAAUAUGCAUUGUGGGCUUGGGGCACCUUGCGCGAGCAUUGGGAGCAAGAAAUUGGGCAGGUGCAGGAACCUUUGGAGCAUAGGCCGUACGGCGAACCUCUGGUGGAGAAAUCGGACCGAAUCCCUAGAGCCCCUUAUAUGAGUGUGUCUCUAGAAGGCCCAUCAGAAAUGUCUAAAACGGAAAAGCUUUUUUAUAUUACAAUGAAGAUCACCUAUGAUGGUCCAACGAAUGAGGACCAUGAGGCUAUCAAUGAUGAUAUAAAGCCGAUAAUCAUACACGAUUACCCUUUUACUUAUGAUCAAUUUCGACUACAACGCCGCUGCUUCGAUUACGAUCCGUCGAAAGAUUCAAACGGGAGAUCUAUCCAGUGGAAGACUUAUUUUGAAGACGAAGGCAAUCAGGGUUGGAGGAUUGUAGAUGAACCUGACGUUGAGGUCAACGUCACGGAUCCCGAGUUUUUCCGCAGCCUCAAACCAGGGGAAUCUUUUGUCAGAAAGAAUUACCUUGAAUUUUUCGACUUGCAUCCCGAUACAGUGGUCGGCGACACAUAUCGAUACCAGUACUGUGGUGGCUGCGUUGACUGGUGGAUUUGGGGUGAUUGCGAAGAGCAUGCGAAGACGGUAGUGAAAUUACCAUGUUGGCUGUAUGGUCUUGUCGUCGACCCCGCUGAUAACGAUGGAAGGCCGGUCAUAAUGGUCCCGUCAUCUAAUUUUGUCGAGUUUACUGUUGUUGAAUGA